AAAAGAAUUAUCUAUAGGCUUACUGGUAAUCUCUAAUAUUUCGAAUUCAAUAUCUUCCAACAAAUUUCAUAAAAUAAGACCUCAUAUUUAUUUUCCUUCAAAUUGUUCUAUUUAUAGUUGUUCAAUCAACUUAUUGAUUGUGGAGCUGGAAUUUGAAGUUUGGCUUGCUUUCAUUCUAGUGAGCAAGACAAUGUUGGUUUAUGUCUUCUAUGCAUGGUAUCUACAUACGCAAAAUGUCAUUGUUUAUAACAGCACAGUAAGAAGACCGGAAUUAAAUUGGUAUAGAGUUUGGAUGCACGGCGCCUGGAUCUUCUUGUUUUGUUUACUUAGCGAAUUCCUUUUAGUCUGGCAGUACUUGGUUGGCGGGGUGGGGAUGUGCCAUAUCGUCAGAACAAAUGCUCAUAGCUCACCAGCUCAGUCAGUCUCAGUAGUUUCAGUACUCAACUGCUACUGAGUACAGUUCACAUUACGAGGACCUACCAUGUUUGAGUGCAAAAAGUGCGGACAGUUUUUUGUUGGCAGGAGCCAAUUGCUUGUGCACUCAGUAAGAGAUUGUUCAGAUUUGGCAACGGCAACUCCAGACAUUGAUGAGGAAGCUGAAACAACAGCUGAUGACGAGGAUGCAGAUCCCAAUUGGUCACCUACACCACUUAGAGAUACCACAAUUUCAUGUUUGACACAUGAUGACAUCGAGUCAUCUCCAAUAACUCAAGAGCAGAUUGAAGAAGCAGCAAUUGUGGAAGCAAUCAUCUGUGCUGAAGAUGUGAGUCAAAUUUUUGUAAGAAAUUAUUUUUGUUUGUUCAGUUUGCUGCUUGUAUCUGUGUUUGGAAAAAAUCAAGGACUUUCUAUGUCUUAUUUAUCAUCUUACUAGGACAUCCCUGGUCGUACAAAACUGUGACUAUUGAACUACGUAACACAGUUUUCAAUCCU